GUCUGGAACUGGAAGCCGCCAAAGCGGCCAAAUCAGUUGGACUGACAGAUCGGAAGAAGAAGGACAUUCAGAAUUUGGUUUGAACUCCGGAUGAAACGGACUAUUAACUAAAGGACGGACGCUUUCAAGUACAAACCAAUAAAGCGGCGAACAUUUAACAAAUAUUAGAAUCAAAUUACGCUGCUGAUAAUAUUUUGUUUUGACAUCAUUCAAAAUUCGAAGAUAUGAAGUGCAGAUUUGAAGAUGGAUAAAUUAAGAAUAAAUGGUGAAAUAGUUUCGGAUGAUGUUAUACCAAAUGGAUCUCAAAAACCCGUUUUAAGAAAUUCAUUAGAUGAAACAACAUCAAGUGAAAUGUCUUCUGCUAUACCAAGGAUUGUGCAAGAUGAUACACAACUGUAUCCAAUUCGUCAUGUAAUGUUGAUUUUGUUUUGUUUUUAUUCAAUGUCUAAUGCCUUCCAAUGGAUAGAAUACUCUAUUAUCAAUAACAUUAUUUGCAAGUAUUAUGAUGUAGAUGGUGAAAGUGUAAAUUGGACUUCAGUGAUUUAUAUGGUUACUUACAUUCCAUUAAUAUUUCCUGCUUCUUGGUUAUUAGAUAAAAAAGGAUUACGUUUUGUAAUUUUACUUGGUUCAUUUGGAACAUGUGUUGGUUCCUGGAUAAAAUGUGCUAGUGUAUCUCCAGAUAGAUUUGUUGUAACAAUGGUUGGGCAGACAGUAGUUGCAGUAUCUCAAAUUUUCAUUCUUGGUAUUCCUCCAAAAUUAGCAGCAACAUGGUAUAGUUCUGAAGGAGUGUCUAGAGCUUGUGCUGUUGGAGUUUUUGGAAAUCAAUUUGGAAUUGCACUUGGAUUUCUUCUUCCACCUUUACUUGUAAGAAAUGCUGAUAAAGAUACCAUUGGAAAAGAUUUAACAUUUUUAUUUUUUGGAGUAGCUAUAUUUACAAGUUUAUUAUUUUUGAUAAUUAUUUUUGCAUUUAAAGAUAAACCACCAAAACCUCCAAGCAGAGCUCAGGCAGCUAUUUUAGCUUCUGUAGAAAGGAUAAAUUACUGGAAAUCAAUAUUAAAUUUAAUAAAAAAUAUAAAUUAUACUCUUCUUCUUAUUACUUAUGGUAUAAAUGUUGGAGUAUUUUAUGCCAUUUCAACGUUACUUAAUCAAGUAGUUCUUAUUCAUUUUCCGGGUGAAGAACAAACAGCAGGAUGGAUGGGUUUAACAAUUGUUCUAACAGGAAUGCUUGGAUCUGUUGUAUGUGGUUAUAUAUUGGAUUUAACACACAAAUUUAAAGAGACUACUAUUGCUGUGUAUAUUCUAUCACUUGUUGGAAUGAUAUCUUUCACAUUAACAUUACACUUCAAUUCAUUAAUAUUGGUUUUUGUUUUAUCAGCCUUAUUAGGCUUCUUUAUGACUGGUUAUCUUCCACUUGGUUUUGAAUUUGCAGCUGAAAUUACUUACCCUGAAGCAGAAGGAACAUCAUCUGGUUUGUUAAAUGCAUCAGCACAGGUAUUUGGAAUACUCUGUACAACAAUAGCAUCAUCAAUUUUGAAUCAUAAUGAUUUAUAUGCCAAUCUCUUCUUAAUUUCUGCCUUAUUUUUAGGAACAUUAAUAACAGUAUUUAUAAAGUCUGAACUCAGACGUCAGCAAGCAACUCAAGUUUCAUUCAACAAUGUUGAAAAUUCUCGCUUGAUGGAUGGUCGUGCGUGAUCAACAUUUGAUUAUCAAAAUAUAUUUUAAUAUAUGUAUCAAUUUUUCAAAUUAACAAAAUACAGAAAAAUUGUAUUUAGAUUUAAAUGCCAAAUACUGGUGCUAGUGUGCACAUUGUUCUAAAAACAGUAAAUUUUGUAUGUCGAAAAUAGUUGUAGUUUAUAUAUAACAUAUAUAUUAUUGUAACUAUUUGUAUAAUAAGUUUACAAUACUUAAUGAAUUAUUUUUUGAGUGAAUAUAUGAAAGUAAAAAUUUUAAAAAUACCAUCUAACAAACUUUUCUAUUUAUAGUAUAAUUUUUUGAUGAUCAAACUUUCUUUGUUGGUGGUUUAAAUAGAAAAACAAUAAAAUAAAUACUUUGAUAUUGUUACCUGUAUGAUAUUUAAAUCUGUAUAAAUAAAAUUCCUUUUUAUUGUAUUUAUGUUAAAUAUAUACUUAUUAAAAAUAUUUGUACUUAAAUAAAUUUUAUUCUACAGUAAUAUAAAAAAUAAUGUAGAAAGGUAGGGAUUUUUAAAGUAGGAUAUUUCUUGAUACAAAUAUAUUUUCAAUUCACUUUAGUAGCCAAAAAACUAUUUAAAAAGCAAUAAUGACUAACAUGUCUAAAAAUGUUUGUAGAAUUACACAUUUGUUGUUUACAAAAUUUUUAAUAUUAAAGUUUAUAAAGUAUUAUCAA